AUGGCAAAUAACGACGACUGGACCAAAGUUUUAUUAAAAAUAGGCGAUGCUGUUAAGGUCAAAUAUGGAGGCCGUUGGUACAACGCGCAAAUUGCGGAGUUUUGUGAUGAAACGAGUAAAGAAGGUUUGUUCCAUUUUCCAUUAUUAUAUUAUUUCAAAGUUUAUCUUGUUUAAAGCACUGGUAUAAAUGGGUGGUAUUAUUUUACUUAGUGGCAGAAAUCGAGUGCGGUGCUGUGGAAGUCGAGUGUGGCAGCGAAGAAAAUGACGUCGACCAUUAUAAAAAGUUCAAGAAACAGCAAGCUAAGCGGGAACGUGGAUGGAAGGAAAGCCCGGCAGAAGUUCAAAAGGCGAAACUGAAAAAAAUUGAAAACCAGGAGAAUACCGACGUAACGACCCCUGAACUCCCAGGAUGCAAGGAAUGUGAAAUACUGAAGGCAAGAGUCGCCGAAUCGGGAAAAAACCCCGAUUGGGAGUACUUGACUAAGGUAACCAUGCAUGUAGCUCCUUAAUAAGCAUGCAUGCCAAGUGCUUGGGUUUGUAUAAUUAGAGCUAUAAUACACCCCGCUUGAAGGAAACUCAGGCAACCACAAUAUUACAAAGUAUAAUAUCAUGAAAUUUCUGUGUAUUAGUUAGCGCAUGCAAAAUCGCUUUCCUGAUUCGGGAUAAGACCCUCACAGAGAGUGCAGUUCAACAGCUAAAUACCAGCGAACUUUUUCAUGAUAUAAUUGCUUGUAAAAAACAAUUGCUAUAUGUGUUGAAACGAUUGUACGAAGGCUGCACCUGCUAUCACACAAUGGAUAUAAUAUUAUAUUUUCUGCAUUUGAAACUGCCCCAUAUCUACUAUCUUGAUAACAUUCUUAUCAAGCGUUUAAUUGGUGUAUUUAACCGAAAAACAACAAAAAUAAUUCAGGCAAAACAUGAUGUGUAUCACAAAUGCUCCCACAUAUGCUUGCAUUCACCAUUUAUGAAGUAUAUUAUAUCCAACUGUAACAAUUGAAUUGUGUUAUAGUAAUUGUUUAUAGUGGUUUUGACUGACCCUAUAGCUAAUCGAAACUAUUAUGUCUAUAGACGGAGGCAGACGAAGUUUUAUUGCAUUAUAUUUUCAGAUGAUCCUCGAGUUGAGCAGCGUCAUGAAAGAGCAUAAUGAAAACGUGGAAAAGCGUCUCAAAUCUUUGGAACAAAUUGUCAAAUCACAAAUGCCAGUAAGCUUUGAUAACCAUUUUGUAUAGCACUAUAAUUAUAAACAAAAUGAAUGUGCUUCCAUAACUGUCUUCAUACAGCCUGCACACGUUGCAUUUACGCAAUGUACUUUAUUUUAGAUUAUAGACAAAAUGAAUGAUAGCACAAAGGAAUCUUUUAAAUUGUUAGAACAGCGCUUUGAAUCUUUUGAAGGGAGAAUCAAGAGUCCACUAAAAGUAAGUCAUUGUUUGAAGUACUAUUUCAACAGAAACAAGUUUGAGUGUUUGAUCACAGUAUCAAAACACAAGAAGCUAAUGAAUAUCGAGGGGCGGAGCUCCGGGAGAUUCAUUAGCCUUUGAGUGUUUUGAUACCGUGAUCAAACACGCAGAACGAGUUUUUGAAAUGGCUUCUCAAAUGAGUCAAUCAGCGACUGUUUUGGGACUUGCGGUUGGAAAUAUCAGUAUAAAUGAAACACAAGUGUUUGAUCACUUGAUGAUGAAACACUAGACUUGCUCCAAGUCUGUCUCUUAAUGGUCGAACAUUGCAAUAAUCGAAAAUUAUAAUAAUUGAUAAUUCGCAUUGCAGGCGAGCAAAAAAAAGCGGGCGGGAGAAGCGAAUUUUCAAUUAUUAUAAUUUUCGAUUAUUAUAAUGUUCAACAAUUAAGAGGCAGACUUGGAGCAAGUCUAAUGAAACACUAGUGUUUGAUGCAUGCUUUACCGGGUAUGAAAGGCCAUUCACGUGAUGGAAUGCAGCUUUGCGAUUGGGUAAAAUGCUCAUUAAUUAUUCAUGAUUUGAAAAUGCUCAUGAUGCAACCUCGAGUUUUAGUUUUUUUAGUGAGAAGUGUUCCUAAGGCAGUCAACACCUUUGCCUUCAUUAAUUUUUGGGAGAUAGAGACGGAAUAUUCCAUAUUGGUUGCUAAAAAAAAAUGUGUUGCUCAUAUAUGUUUCAUUGCAUUGCAAAUUGUAUAUUUGAUAGACAAAUAUUUUGGGGGAAACGACUUUAUGACUCGUUUAUGACGAUGAUUCAUAUGAAUGUCAUGUGCAAGUUAUGGCAAUGUAUGAUCACAUUAUUUGUGUUGUAACCUUGCUUUCUGCAUGGGCGUUUAAUUGUAUAUCUGUUUGUUCCAGCUCAACAGUACAUUUGAAAGUUUCAAUGACGAGUUGGCGCCACCAAAUGAAAACGCGGAGAUAUCAACAAUCGAUUUGGACAGUUUCAGACGCUUAUUAGAUACUUCUCUUGAUGGCAUUCCACCAACAUUAACACCAACAUCAACAUCAACAUCAACGUCAACGUCAACAUCAACCGAAAUAUCAAGCAAGUCUGUGGAAUGUUCUGAUCCAGACAGCUCAAACAAUUUCCGAGCGUUGUCGGAAGACUUGAUAAAAAAAUUUGUCACCCCAAGUAAGGUUGGAAAAGUACGUGUGGCCAUGGAGAAAGAGAAUGAUCCGCGAAAAUGUGCUCUAAAACUUCUGCCCAACAUUUUUUCCAACGAUGACCUCAAAGACAGCAUUGUGGAUGGCAGUCACGGAAAAAAAGCUCUUGAUCCUGCAAAAUUAAAUUCUCUAAAAGGUGGGUAUUUCUAA